UGACGUUCGAACUUCGAAACUUUGAACAAAUGAACGACAAAAUGUCAAAUUGAGAUUAAUUAUUUUUAAUCCGUAGAAUUUUUGUUUGUCUCUAAUAAAAGUUUGCAACAUUCCCAGUGUUUUCGUUUUAGAUAUCAAAUGUAAUUCCAAACGUCCUAGUGACUUUAUAUUCACUUAUUUUCUUCCGUAUCAUCGUUGAUACCAAUUUCUAAAUAUGACGGAGACGCGUCGUUUACAACUCCAUUUGGGGAAGUGUAUAGAAGAUUUAGACAAAUUACACAAUGUACCCGACUUAAAAUCAAAAAGAGCAGCUUUGCUAUGCAAGACAGCCCAAAAGCUCUUUGAAAACGCUGAAGAAGCCCGUGCAAAGGGUGACGAGGAGUACUCGUACGUCUACUUUAUGAAAUACCUCCGUGUAAUCGCAUAUAUCAGUAAGGAUAAAGAAUAUCUAAAGGACAAAACAUACUUCAACAAUAUGCUCGGAGCUAAGAACCCAAACAAGGCUAUAGAUGCUGCUGAAAAGUUGAAAAUGAGCCUGAUUGAAAGGUAUGCUAAAGAGCAGAAAAACAAACGCCUGAUGGAUAUACAGGAGAAUGAACUGAUCAAGCAGAAGAUUGACGAAAAUCGCAAGAAAGCUAUGGACAUCGCUACUGAGCCACCUCCACUUUUGGGUCUACCUGGUCCCGAUGAAGUGACAAUCAAAAGUGAUCAACUGUAUCAAAUACUGAAGAAUGGCAAGCUGAAGGUUAUGAUAUUGGACGCAAGACCUGGCAAUGAUUACAUUGAGUCGCAUAUUAAUCACCCUGCUUGUAUUAGUGUGCCGGAGGAGAGGAUUUCACCUGGGCAAUCAGCUAACGUACUAGAACAAAAUCUACCUGCCGCGUCUCGGCCAGUCUGGGCUGAGCGAGCAAGUAUGGAUCUAAUUGUUAUGCUCGAUUGGAGUAGCACCACUGUGAUACCGGGGAAACCGCUGCAUCUACUGAAGACUAUUCUGCUUAAGUGGGAUAUAAAAGUCCAAUACGCAAGACAGCCUGUAGCGCUAUGGGGAGGCUAUGAAGACUGGCUGCUCAAAUACCCAGCUUUUACCAGCAACCCGCAGGCCGUGCCACCGUCACAGGAGAUCAUGUUGGAUGAUAUGCUGGGUGAAAUAGAUUAUCCAAACUUGUCGGAUUUGAAUCCACCUACUCCAGUGACCCGACCCAAGCCUGGCGAGCCAGUUGUGGAUAGGUCUAGUAAGACUGCGGCAGUAGAAUUAUACGCGGAACGAGCCCGCAACGUGCAGUCCAUACUGGAGCAGCAGCAGAUGAUCGCAGACACGUCGCUCACGCUCGAGAUGCAGCGGAUCGAGGCGGAGCAGGACUGGGAGAAAACCCGUCAACAAAGCGAGACGGAAAAUCGGGACGAGUUACGCGCAAUGUACCAGCUGCGCGAACAAGAGAUCAUAUCGCAACUGAUGCAGUUGGAGAACAAGCAGUAUGAUAUGGAACAAGAGAACCAAUCCCUCCGUGAAAAACUAGAAGAGUACCAGCGUAGGGAACGGGAGGAAGCAGCCAAACUCGCUGAGAACAUCACCAAAGUGCAGCAGCCGCCUGAUGCUGAUGUCGAAGCCGUCAAGCAAGCAGCAGCCCGUGAAGUGGAAGCGAAGCGGGCUCGCAUUGCAGCAGUCACUGCUCAACGCCGUUCUCUUGACCGACAGAGAGAGCUGCUUGAAGCAGAGCGGAAGAGGAAGCUGGCUGAUGCGAGGGAUAAGAGGAAACCGCAGUUCAAGGAAGAAGACACAGAAUCGUUCGGUUCGGGCACUGACAGUAAUUCGGCGCUCAAUCGUUCGCAAUCCUCGCCAAAUAUUGCUAAGCUAUCAUCAGACGAAGAAGAACCAGCACCUCGGUUCGACCGCAGCACGAAGCCGGCCAAAAUGGCGCCGCUCGCUAAAGCGAGGGACUUUCAGCCCGUGUGGGGGGAUGUGGGUCGUGGUCUAACUGGCCUCAAGAACCUCGGUAACACAUGCUAUAUGAACUCAAUAAUACAGUGUUUGAACAACACGGCAAUUUUAGUAACGUACUUCUGCAAUGGACAGUACUUGGAGCACGUUAAUAGAUCGCAUAGCACGCGUGGGGCGAUCGCGGAGGAGUUAGCGGCCGUAGUCCGCGCGCUCUGGUCGGGACAGUAUAGAUUCAUCGCGACUAAGGAUCUACGGAACGAGGUGGGCAAGCACCAGCGCACGUUCCGCGGCAGCGAGCAGCAGGACUCGCACGAGUUCCUCACCAUACUGAUGGACUGGCUGCACCUCGACCUGCAGUUCACCAUCAAGCCGCCGCUCAAGGAGAGCCUGGGUGCGUCGGAGCGCGCGUGGCACGAGUACACGCGGUCCCGCGAGAGCCUCGUGCUGCGGCUCUUCUACGGACAGAUCCGCUCCACCGUGCGCUGCACCGUGUGCGCCGCCAGCUCCGCUACCUAUGACUCGUUCUCCAACCUGUCGCUGGAGCUGCCGCCGCACGCGGCGCGCUGCGAGCUCGCGGACUGCCUCAAACUCUACCUGAACGGGGAGACCAUCCCCGGUUGGAACUGCCCCACGUGCAAGGAAAAACGCGACGCCGUCAAAAAACUAGACAUAUCUCGCCUCCCGCCUGUACUCGUGAUACAUUUCAAGCGGUUCUACCUAGAUGCCAAGGAUUAUAUGUGCAAUGCGUAUAGAAAAAGACAAACAUACAUAGAUUUUCCUCUGGAAGGGCUGGAUAUGGGCCAAUUGGCGCUAAAUUGUCCGACGAAUGGAUACAAUUUGUACGCCGUGUCGAAUCACUAUGGGUCCAUGGAGGGGGGACAUUAUACGGCGUAUUGUAAGAGCAGCGUGUACGGCAAAUGGUACAAAUACGACGACCAUCUUGUCACGGAGAUAUCGCCAAGUGAAGUGAAGUCUAGCGCCGCAUACAUACUGUUCUACACGUCGUGCGACCGCACGUGAGCACACGUGUGUACACGCCCUUAUAACGCGCAGGCGGGAAACUAUUGUGGUCUGCUGUGAACGCGCCCUUAUAUAACUAAAGUGGGGAAACUAGUGUGUACGCUCCUUAAUGUGGAGUGCUCGCGCGUGUGUACACAGCUUUGAAAUAUAGAAUGAUUAGACUGAAUGUUGUGUGUGAACACGCCCUAAUUUUAAAAACAAGCGUCUGUGUACGUUCUAUUGAAAAUAAUGAUUAGGUGUGCGAAAGGUAUGUGAACAGGCUCUUAUGUUAAUAGCACACGCGCGUGUGCACUCUUUUGUAUAAUAGGAAAUUUAAAAUUUAAAAUUAUUUUAAAUGUACAACGCUUGCGCUUCAAACAACGUAUGUGAACACCUCUCAAUGUCAAAAACGCGCGUGUGUGUGUCUUCUUAAAAAAUAUAACGCUUAAACCUAUGUGUACGUGUCCUUAUGUCGAAUGAACGCGUAUAGACGCGAAGACCACGUGGGUACACUUCCUUAUUUAAAGUACACACGCGCGUGUGAAAAGUAUAACGCUUAGAUUGCAAACAAUGUUUAUAAAAGCCUUUAUUGGGUACGAGCAUAGUGUGUGCUAACCUUUAUGGGUAAAUCACGCUUCGCCUUAAGUGUAUUAAUGUGUAUUAUAUUUGAAAACUAUGAGUCGUCUAUACACUCCAAAUAUCACGAUAUUAUUAAGAGUGAACGUGUUGUGUGAACGCGCCCUUAUUCGUAAUGAACAUGUGUCCAAACCAGUUAUACCUUUAAAUAUACCCUAAGAGCUCUAAGCAAAUGUGUACACAGCUUUAUUUAUAAAGUACGCAUCGUGUAUAGACCUUUAUUUAAAAAAAUAAUUGUCCUGAAAAUUGUUCGAAUUAAUAUCAAUUAUCCAAUCAUAAUAAUUAUAACUUUGAAAGUAGUAAAUCUCUUCCAUAUUUAAUUCUAAAUAAACUACAAAUCUAGAAAAGGAAUUGCUUGUAUUUGGUAUCUAUACAUACACCCUUAUGGACCAUUAUAGCUGAAAACCCGCUUAAGUAAUAAACAUAAAUAAAA